GAGCUCCCUAAGUCGGACCCUAUCCGCUGUUAAGUCUGCAGGCUCCCGCGAUUGGAGCAUCCAAGGUCGAUCCUCAGCAAGAGGCCGCCAGCUCCACGAUGGGAAGAGCGAGCGGGAAUGUCAGGAACAUCCCAUCGGAUCUGCGGCAUUUGUUGUCUCUCCGGCGCGUGAAUGUAAACGAUCGCUGAGCAUGGAGGAGGGACACACCAGCACAUCGGCACAGGAGGCCGGACACACGACGGUCCAAGCUUGGGAGGGAUUCACUGCGACUCCUGAUGUGUUGUCCAGCCAGAGAGUUCACGACAUGGAGAAAUUAUUCACCUGCUCCGACUGUGGGGAGGCGUUUGCUGGGACGUCCCAGCUGCUGAUCCACCAGCGGGUCCACACCGAUGAGAAGCCGUUCACCUGCAGCGAGUGCGGGAAGAGAUUCACCCAGUCACCCAACGUGAUCACACACCAGCGGGUCCACACCGGAGAGAGGCCCUUCACCUGCUCCGACUGCGAGAGGGGAUUCAACCAUGCUUCCCGCCUGGUGACCCACCAGCAAGUUCACGCUGCGGAGAAACCAUUUGCCUGUCCCGAUUGUGGGAAGGGAUUCUAUGAAGCAGGCCAGUUGAGGAGGCACCAGCGAGCUCACACUGGGGAGAGGUCAUAUGUCUGCUCAGAGUGUGGGAAGGGGUUUAUUAGAUCAUUUCAGCUGCUGAGACACCAGAGAAUUCACACGGGGGAGAGGCCGUUCACCUGCUCUGAGUGUGGGAAGAGAUUCAUUGAAUCAUCUGCGUUAAUGACACACCAGAGAAUUCACACCGGGGAGAGGCCGUACACCUGUACUGAGUGUGGGAAGGUGUUCGCUCAUUUAUCUUCAUUACUGAAACACCAGAGUAUUCACACCGGGGAGAGGCCGUUCAGCUGCUCUGAAUGUGGGAAGGGCUUUGCUCACUUUUACCAGCUGGGAACCCACCAGCGAGUGCACACUGGCGAGAAACCAUUUUCCUGUCCCGAUUGUGGCAAGGGAUUCGCUCAAGCCGGCAAUCUGAGGAGGCACAGGCAAAUUCACACCAAGUAGAAGUCAUGAACCGGUUGUGGCGAGCGGAGGGGCUCCAGAGAACUCACACUGGGGAGAGGCCGUUCAUCUGUUCUGAUUGUGGCAAGGGAUUCGUUCAAAUGAGCAGCUU